AUGGAAGAAUAAGAUAGUAGAUAAUAUCUAGCUUCUAAAGUACAUCCUCUUUUUGAGAAAUUAUUAAUUGAAUUGCUAAUCACAAAACCAGAAGAUCCUGUAAUAUGGCUAGAAUGAUAAUAAGGUCGAAUUUAUGAGUUAAUGGCUACAUACAACAGGAUAACAAUACAGACCUUAAGAAAAGCUAAAUGGACCAUUAUCAAGUACCAUUCCUGCUUAAUUUUAAAAUUCAAUGUAAUCUGGCACUCCAAGAAGAAGUUAAGUUUAAUCUUUACAAAAUCCUUUGUUGAACCGAUAAUAAUCAAAUCAGCCAGGAUCAAAUCAUCAUAUUCCUCAUCAUUAAUCUAAUUAAUAAUUAUCUCAUUAACAUUCAAAUUAACCAAUUAAUAGCCAACAUGAAAUUAAUAGUUAAUAAUUAUAACAUUAAAACUAAUCAAAAUAAGCUUUAGAACAAAGUGAUUUUUAAGAAUAAAGUUUUGAAGCCAGUUAAAAUGAAGCAGAACAUCAAUUUGAUGUUGAUCCUAAAUUUGGUUUUGCUGAUCAACCAAGUCCUUCUCCAAUUGUUAAAGAUACAAAAAACCAAGCAUAUCCAUUUUAAAAAUAAUAAUCUAUAUUAACAUAAAAGUUUUAACCUUAAAGCAAUAAUAAUAAAUCUUUUAAAAAAACCUCUACUUAAUCAAAUCCUGUUUUAUUAUAACCUGUCACAAUCAAAACAGCUUAACCAUAAAUUAUAGUUAAUAAUACACCGAAAGAAUAAAUCUAAUCAUCUUAUAACUCUAAUUAAUAAAAUUAAUAAAAAUUAAUUCAAUCAAAAGAUGAAUAAGAAAUCUAAGAAAAUUAAGCACUUAAAAGAAAUUCUUAAACUGAUAGUAAUAAUAAAUUUAAAGAAUAAAAGUCUAGAAUCUUAAAAAAGAUCAAUAAUUGCCAUAUAUUUAAACAUUUAAAUGAUUAAUAAAAAGAGGUUGUUGCAAAUACUAUGGAAGAAAGAAGAUUUAAGUAAUUAAAUUGAAAUUAACUUUAGAUGUAAUGAUAUUGUAAUAAAAUAAGGAGAGGAAGGGGAUUAAUUAUUUUUAGUUGAAGAUGGUCUUUUAGAUUGCAUAAAGAAAGAUAAAUAAAAUCAUGAAGAAAAAUUAAUAACUUAUUAAAUUGGUGAUUUUUUUGGUGAAAUGGCUUUAUUGUAUAAUGAAAAAAGAGCUACAACCAUAAUUGCUAAAGAAGAUUCAGUAUUAUGGAUAUUAGAUAAAUAAACAUUUAAUUCUUUUAUUAAAUAACCUGUUUUUGAAAAGCGUUAAAAGUAGUCAAUAUUUUUAAAUUAUUUUUAGAUAUGAUCAAAUUUUACAAUAGUUUUAAGUUUUGUAAUAAAUUGAUCCAUACAUUAGACUAUUAAUUGCUGAUGCUCUGCAUGUUGUCACUUUUAAAGCUAAAGAAAUAGUUUUUAGAUAAAAUGAUUAAGGAGAUUAUUUUUAUUUAAUAUAAGAAGGUUAAUUAAAAGCAUUUAAAUAAGGAGAAAAAGAUGAAAUAGAAUAAUAAGUAUAUGUAUUUGAUAAAUUUGACUAUUUUGGAGAAUUGGCUAUGUUAAAAGAAAUAAAGAGAUAAGCAACUCUAGUUUGUGAAACUGAUUGCAUCUUAUUAGGGUUAGAUAAACAGUCAUUUAAAAAACUGUUAGCUCCUAUACAUGUAUAUCUUAUAAUUAUUAUUAGGACUUAUUAAAAUAAAAAAUAGAUAGGUAUAGGAAUUUAAGUUUUAAUUGA